UUAUAAAUCGAGCUUUAAGCAAAGCUUUUCUGGAAAGUGAGAGAAGGGAGAAUUGUUGGAGCUGGAGGGGGAGGCGAGAGGAUUCCAACCCAGGGAAACUGGAGGCUGUGCCUUACAACACUGUGAUUCAUUUUAUUUUUUAUAUUACAAUCCACCCCUCUUUUGCUAGUUGAAGAUGUCUACAGCCCUCGUGUCUCCAACCAUCUUCGACCUGAGUGAACUUUUAUGCAAAAGCAACAAGAUGCUGAACUACAACCCUUCAGGUGUUGGAGGGUGUCUGUUGGACAGGAAGGCAGUGGGAACUCCAGCUGGCGGGGGUUUCCCCAGGAGGCAUUCUGUCACCUUGCCCAACUCCAAGUUCCACCAGACCCACCUCCUGGGCAGCCUCAAGGGGGAGCCAGCCCCAACACUGGGGCCCAGAGAGAGCCGUUUUCGGGACCGGUCCUUCUCCGAAGGCGGCGAGCGUCUACUGCAGCAGAAGCAGCCUGGCGGACAAGUCAACUCAAGCCGCUACAAGACAGAGCUGUGCCGCCCUUUCGAAGAGAACGGAGCCUGCAAAUAUGGCGACAAGUGCCAGUUUGCCCAUGGCAUCCAUGAGCUGCGGAGCCUGACCCGCCAUCCCAAGUAUAAAACAGAGCUCUGCCGCACUUUCCACACCAUCGGUUUCUGCCCGUAUGGGCCCCGUUGUCACUUCAUCCACAAUGCCGAGGAGCGUCGGGCCGUGGCUGGCAGCCGAGAGCCCGCCAUCAACGAAAGACCCCGCCUCCAACACAGCUUCAGCUUCGCCGGCUUCCCAAGUGCUGUAGCCACCAAUGGGCUGCUGGACAGCCCCACUUCGAUAACCCCUCCGCCCAUCCUGAGCGCGGAUGACCUCCUGGGCUCUCCCCCUCUGCCUGACUGUGCCAGCAAUCCCUUCACCUUCUCCAGCCAGGAGCUGACCAAUCUCUUUGCUCCCAGCAUGGGGGUGCAGGUGCAUGGUGGGGGCUCUCCCACCACUUUCCUUCUCAGAUCCAUGUCAGAGUCACCUAACAUGUUUGACUCUCCCCCAAGUCCUCAGGACUCCCUCUCUGACCAGGAGGGCUACCUGAGCAGCUCUAGCAGCAGCCACAGUGGCUCGGAUUCGCCCAUCCUGGACACUUCAAGACGCCUUCCCAUUUUCAGCAGACUUUCCAUCUCUGACGAGUAACCUGGUGUUGCUUCCUGGCUUCUUCCCACCUCUCUUUUUCAUUGUUAAGCUUGUAAUCUCUCUCCUCCUUCCCCCCACCCUCCCCUUAACAUCUCUGGUUUAGAUGUUAACACAAAGAUAGUCCACUUGCCUAGCGUCCACUCACUGGCUGAAAACAAUAAGUGCCAAAUUACAACUAAGUGAUAAUCGUUUACAAAUGUAGUGCCUUUUUUCAUAUUUUCACUGUGACUAUAUUACCUCUCCAGCUGCAGAGGGCACCAGGCAGCCUCCAUAGAGCUAUGUGCACUUCCAGAUGUGCAGGGAAUAUCCGGAACCAGCAGCUCCCAUCUCUGGCCACGAUGCAGGAUUUCCCCAUUCUUCCCU